AUGAGGUCUUUUGUAAAACAAUUUAAGUUCACAGAGCAAGUCUCCAUAUUACAUUAAGCUUAAAUAAAAAAAUGUUAUAAAGAAGCUAGCAUAGAAAUGGCACCUAAUCCAAUAAACCCAUUUCAUUAAUGGAUUAUUAAGGUUAGUUUAAGAGUAAUAUUUUUAGCUUGAUGGAAAAAGUAUUAAAACUUAAAAAAAAAAUAUUUUAGCAGUACCUUCUCCUUAACUAGCUGCUUAUGUAGCUUCAGAAUUUAACAAUCAGAAUUAGAAUAAAUCAUUUUUUAGUAUGCCAUUCUUAUUGCUUGCCAGUCAUGCUGUAGAUUUAGACUUUGAUGCUUCAAAUAGGGAAAUACUUGAAAUGAAAUUCAUGUUUAAUUUAGAAAAUGAUUUCAUUUUUAGAAGAUAACUAAAUUCAGAAUAAUAACAUUAAACAGAAACUCAAACUUUAGAUCCUUUUUUAAGUUAAUUAUAUAGAAAAUUGAAUAUAUAAAUUAAUUCUAAAGAUGUUAGAAAUUUAGAAUACUUGAAUUAAUAGGGUAAAAUUAAACUUGAAUCCUAUAUUAGAGGAAUUAAUAAUUGGUAAUUAGUUUCUUUGAACUAAAAAAUAGGUAAAAAAAUUAUUUCUAUUAAAUUAGAAAUUCUCUAAUCAUGUAUUUUAGGUUUGUAUCUACAAUUAGGAUUAAUCAACAUUUAAAUGGCAUUAGGUUUAAAAAAGUAGCUAAUAGAAUUUGAGAACUUUAAGAUAUUAUCUAAUAGAAAAGAAAAUAAUGAAGAGAAUUUCAAAACAAAUCUUGAAGUUGCUUAGUUAUUUUCUGAAUCAAUAACUACUUAAAGUAUAAUGUAUUGA